AUGGCUCUGUUCAUCUGCCUCAGGUGGAGCGCCUGUGCUCGACCUACCCAGCGGAUUGCGCUCGAACCCGAGUGCCUGCGCGCCCCUGGCCGCGCCGCCACCCGCCGGGCCAUUCAGCUUGGCCCCGAGGCCGAGGGGGUCGCUUCACCGGCGAAGGAGUUCGACGUGGAGACCGAGCUGGACCACGAGUGGUGGCGCAGCCUCGCCCCGACGCUGGAGGCCAUCAAAUCGGCGCCUCCGGGGGGGGGGAGGUUCGGCUUUCCACCUGCCCUCAGCUGGCCGUUGCGGCGCAGCAGGUGUCGCGGGAUCUGGGCUUCAACAUAG